AUGAUCAAACAACAAGAGCAAUUCGGAAUAAUUACAUUCUGGGUAUUCGCCGAACAGGGUGACAGUGCGAACUGUGCAACACAUUUUAUCACUCGAUUAGAGGAAAAAAUUCCGGUGGCCUUGUUGAAGACUGAAAUAUGGAAAGACAAACAAGCACCUGCUGAUGGUAAAGAUGCUCUCGCCCUACGAGCAGCACGGAAGUUUUUUAUAAUUGACGCUGAACCGUUAAACUCAACAACGAAAUUCGUUGCGGAUGUAAUAGCAAAAAUGAAACAGCCACCAUACAACUGCAACGACUGCACAAAUAUUGAUCCGGCAAUUUCAUUAGUUGGAGAAGUAGCCGAUGCUAUGCUGAUGUACGCACUGGCGCUUAAUAAAUCUAUAGCAGCAGGCAACCCAGAUCCCAACGGAUCUGAACUCGUUGUUAGGUCCGUUGGCGUUUUCGAAGGGUUCACAGGGCGAGUAAUCAUAAACCGGAAUUACACACGUGAUCCCAUCUUCUACGUAUGGGGUUUGAAUUCAUCGGAUCAGCAAACUGUAAUGAUGAAGAUUAUCGGAAGUGUUAACGCAGAAGGUGUUCUCGUGAGUUCCCAACUUGUAAUAAUUUAUCUGCAGUUUCACUACGGUUAUAGUGAAAAAAGGGAGUGA